AUCCCCAAUAAAUUGUUGCAUGUGACUGAUGAUGUGAGCAUGUUCGUUUCAUAAUAAAAAUGUUGCCAGGUAACCAAAAAGUCGUAUGUUUUUGUGCGAAUUACGAUCAUAAUCUUUACGAUCGUACAUUAAAAAAUAGACAAAUAAUAGUAUGAGUACGAUUUAAAUCGUAUAUCUGUCAACCCUGCUAGCAAGACAGCGACAAAAUCACGUUGCAUAACAAUGUAGCCCAAGCUUAUAUCUUAUGAAAUAUACGGAAGAGAUACGGACUUAAAAAAAACAGAAAUGUUGUUCUUUGUGGAAGUCAUUGAUGAAAUUCUAUGUAUUUUAGCCCGCAAACUUUCUUCAAACAAAAACAGCGCCAUCUAGUAUCGAGUUCUGUAAUUAUCUCUUUGUUUAUGGAUUUGAAGUAAGACCGCCACGCAUGCAAUACAUUAUGACUGGGGAUUCCCCUAUUCGUCGACGCUGAAUAUGAGGCGACGACAAUCACUGUCAAACGUGUUCACUAUUACUCUGACUCUGGUAACGUGACUUCCUGGUAACGUGUUAGGUAGGAAAAGCAGUAAAAAAGUGCAUAUUAAGGGAGCAGAUUUGAAAUAAUAUUUAUACUUAACAAGAAAUAAUUAAAGGUUCAAUGGGGAGACCUAAAGAUUUACGCAUAUGGGAGCACUACCGUACUUUACCAAACAAGUCUGUUUCUUGCAAGCUUUGUAAUAAGGUCUACAAAUUCAGUAAUGCUGCCAAAAUGCUUCAACAUCUUAUCACUUGUCCAAAAUCUCCAGAAACAUUAAAAGACUCUAUGAAACUUAUAAAAGAUAGCUCGUCCAAAACCAAAAUGUCUGGACUGUCAGAGAUAGAGACAAAUGAUUCUUUUAUAAGCCCCUCGUCGUCUGCUAACACUACAAUAAAUGCUGAGUUUCAAGACACCGAUGAUCAUAUAAAAACAGAAUUAGCGAGAGCUAUAUUUGUAACAGGGACGCCAUUAUCGAUGGUGCAACAUCCUUUAUGGAUACAAUUUUUCGAAAAAUUGCAACCAAAAUUUAAAAUACCUUCACGUAAAGCUUUAGCGACAAAAUACUUAGAUAAAAUAUAUAGAGAAAUGCGUUUUGAGUUAAAUGAGGAACUAAAUGCUUGUAGUUACUUACACCUUCAGUGCGAUGGCUGGUCUAAUUUAAGAAAUGAAGGAAUAAUAAACUUUCUUAUAUCAAAACCUCAACCUGCAUACGUUAAAAGUUUGAAUACAGAAAGUAAUCCUCACACUAGUGAAUACCUUAGCCAAGAAGUUGAAAAAGUAAUGAAAGUGUAUGGAGCAAAUAAGUUUCUUGUACUUAUUGGCGAUAACGCUAGAAAUAUACAAAAGGCAUUCGAAUUAACAAAACUCAAAUAUCCACAUGUUGUUCCUCUCGGUUGCUGUGCACAUAUCCUUAACUUGUUGUGCCAAGAUAUUGUAAAGAUACAAGAAGUAACUGUGUUUAUUAUGCAAGCCAUAAAUAUAAUAAAAACUGUUAAAAGGAGUCAACGAUUAAGUUCCUUGUUGAUAAAAUCAAGGCAGGGUGAAGAUUCUACACAAACACUAAAAUUGCCUUGUGCUACAAGAUGGGGAAGUCAUGUUACUUCGUUAAAAAGUUUGAAAGCAAAUAAGAUAGCUUUUCAAAUAUUAACAGUUAGAGAAGAUGUGGUAAUUUCAAGAGAUAUUAAAGAUUUAAUUCUAAGUGAUGAUUUCUGGACGAAGACAGGGGAAUGUAUAAGUAUUUUGGAACCAGUCACUGAAAGCAUAUUUUACUUAGAGAGCGACCAGAAUCGUUUGCAUCGCACAUACAUUACAUUUAGAGAUGUACAAGCUAAGAUACGUUUUGCAUUAAAUGAGAUUUCGACAUUGAGCGAAGAAAGCAAACAGCAGAUUCUAACAUCAGUAUCUUCAAGAUGCAAUAUGGCAAUGAGGCCAAUACAUUUUGCAGCAUAUAUUCUAGACCCCAGGACUCUAGGAGUCGAACUUACUCAAGAGGAAGAACUUAAGGGUAUGGAGUUUAUCUACAAUUUAAGCCAACACUUAAGUUUGUCAAAUGUAAUGGCAGAUUUGGCGUGUUAUAAAGCUAAAGAAAACUUUUGGGCCAGAGGAUUUGUAUGGAGCUCAUUAGAUAGCAUUGAGCCCCUAAUAUGGUGGAAAGGUAUUUGUGGUUCCACUGAGUUAAGCAAAGUAGCGAUUCGUAUGUACUUCGGCAGCCACUGAGCGUUCCUUUAGUAU